CACCUCAGCUUGGGAGCGGACAGAGAGUCGAAGACGAUGACGACGGCGGGCGGCGUCUCAUCCCGCGGCGUGCUGGCGUUCGCGGACCGGCUGGACGUGCUGCUCGUGGCCCUGGGCACGCUCGGCGCCGUCGCCGACGGCUGCUCCUACAAUCUGCUCCUCGCCUUCGCCAGCGACGCCGUGAACUCGCUCGGCCGCGCCCACGGCGCCGCCGCGCAGCAGCAGGGCGGCGCAACGACGACCAGCGACGGCGCGCGGUUCGUGCACGAUGUCGACAAGUCGUGCCUGAAUUUCGUCUACCUGGCGCUCGCGGUCUUGCCGGUGGCGUUCCUGGAAGGCUACUGCUGGAGCCGGACGAGCGAGAGGCAGGUGCGGCGGAUCAGGCGCCUGUACCUGCAGGCCAUGCUGCGGCAGGAGCCCGGCUUCUUCGACUCCGGCGACGCCGCCGGCACCGCGGAGAUCAUCGGCGGCAUCUCCAAGGACGCGUCCGUCAUACAGGAGGUCCUCGCCGAGAAGGUUCCUCUGUUUCUGAUGCACUCUGCAGUUUUCAUCUCUGGACUGGCCUUCUCCAUCUAUUUCUCAUGGAGGCUGGCCCUGGCCGCUUCUCCUCUAGUCCUGCUUCUAGUGAUCCCUGGGCUUAUCUAUGGCAAGUACCUCCUCCAUCUCUCCCGCAAGUCGCGUCACGAGUACGCCAAGGCAAAUUUCCUGGUCGAGCAAGCACUGGGCUCGAUCAAGACCGUUUACUCAUUCACCGCCGAGAAAAAUAUCAUCCAGAGGUACGCAACACUCCUUGACGGCACGAUCAAACUGGGGAUCAAGCAAGGCAUCGCGAAAGGUCUCGCAGUUGGAUGCACCGGCAUUGCUUUCGCCAUCUGGGCCUUCCUCGCUUGGUAUGGCAGCAGAUUGGUGAUGUUCCGUCAUGAAAGCGGAGGGAGGAUAUAUGCUGCGGCGGUUUCCUUUGUUUUGGGUGGCCUAUCCCUUGGGGUGGCUCUCCCUGAGCUGAAACAUUUAACUGAGGCAUCUGUUGCUGCAACAAGGAUUCUCGAACAGAUAAACCGUGUCCCACAAAUUGACGCUGAUGAUUCAAAGGGACUUAUGUUGGACCAACUUCGGGGAGGGAUCAAGUUUGAAUCUGUCCACUUUGCGUACCCAUCAAGACCAGAUAUGGCAGUUCUACAAGACUUCAACAUCCAGAUUCCUGCUGGACGAACUGUUGCUUUAGUUGGGUCCAGCGGCAGUGGCAAGUCAACUGCAAUAGCAUUGGUGCAGCGGUUUUACGAUGCAACCAAAGGUACUGUCAACAUUGAUGAGGUUGACAUUAAGGAACUCCAGCUAAAGUGGAUCAGGAGCAAAAUGGGGCUUGUCAGCCAGGAUCAUGCUCUGUUUGGUACCUCAAUAAAAGAGAACAUCUUGUUCGGCAAACCAGAUGCAUCCAUCGAUGAAAUUUACGCAGCAGCCAUAACAGCAAAUGCUCACAACUUCAUUAGGGAGCUUCCCGAAGAAUAUGAGACCAAGAUUGGCGAGCGAGGAGCAUUGCUAUCAGGUGGCCAAAAGCAGCGAAUUGCCAUUGCAAGGGCAGUCAUCAGGAACCCUGUUAUACUUCUGCUUGAUGAAGCCACGAGUGCACUUGAUCCCGAAUCAGAGAAGCUUGUGCAGCAUGCCCUUGAUAAAGCAUCUAUGGGAAGAACAACACUGAUAGUAGCCCAUAAGCUCUCCACAGUGAAGAAAGCUGAUCAGAUUGCAGUACUUGAUGGAGGUACAAUAGCGGAAAUUGGUACUCAUGACGAGCUAAUCAACAAGGGUGGCCCAUACGCAAGACUAUUGAAAUUGCAGAAGAUGGUCAACUACAUCAAUCAAGAAAGUGAACAGCUCAGGUCUUCCUCCACGACAAGGACCAGUACCAGUGGUCCUAAUGUGUCCAGUGCAAGUCCAAUGCCAGUCACUAAAACUGUCUCGAUAACAUAUAAUUAUGUCAUUCCACCACCUGCACCAUCUUUCUUCAGGCUUCUUGCAAUGAAUGCACCAGAGUGGAGGCAGGCAGUCAUAGGCAGCCUAUCUGCACUGGUAUAUGGUUUGUUGCAGCCCAUUUAUGCCACAACCUUUGGCAGUAUGGUCGCUGCAUUCUUUGUUCAGGACUACAGUGAGAUGAAUGCAAUCAUCAGGCGCUCUGCCUUUAUCUUCUUCUCAUUAUCAUUGAUAUCCAUUGUUGUGAAUCUUCUGCAGCACUACAAUUUUGCAUACAUGGGGGUGCAUCUUGUUAGGCGCAUCCGAAUCCAAGUACUUGAAAAGAUCUUAACCUUUGAGGUAGCAUGGUUUGAUGAAGAAACUAAUUCAAGUGGUUCAUUGUGCUCGCAGCUAAGCAACGAGGCUUCUCUUGUUAAAACCCUUGUUGCAGACAGAAUCUCCUUACUUCUUCAAACAGUUUCUGGAACUGUAACCGCAGUGACAAUGGGUCUGACAUUAGCUUGGAAACUUGCUCUUGUCAUGAUAGCUGUACAACCAUCUACAAUGAUAUGCUACUAUGCCAAAAAGACAGUUCUCGCAAAUGUGUCAAGGGACUUGGCAAAAGCUCAGCAUCAGAGUACUCAGAUUGCCAUAGAAGGUGUUUACAACCACAGGAUGGUAACCUCAUUUGGAUGCUCAUCGAAGGUUCUUCAGCUCUUCGAGCAUGCGCAAGUGGAACCACUGAGGAAAGGAAGGAAGAUGUCGUGGGUAGCAGGGAUCACCACAGGGUUGUCACCUUGCCUCUUAUAUUUAUCAUGGGCACUAGACUUCUGGUAUGGUGGAAAGCUGGUACAGUCUGGGGAGAUCUCAGCAGCUGAUUUCUUCAAAACCUAUUUUAUCCUGAUGACGACAGGAAAGCUGAUUGCUGAAGCUGGUAGCAUGACAUCAGACCUGGCAAAGGGAGCAAAUGCAGUUGCUUCAGUGUUUGAGGUAUUGGAUAGGAAAUCUCCACAAAAUUUACAGGUGGGACAAGACAAUCAGAAGAAUAAAAUACAAGGGACAAUAGAAUUCAAAAAGGUAGAUUUUGCAUAUCCAACAAGACCACAAUGCGUUAUAUUGAAGGAUUUUAGCUUCGAUGUGAUAGCAGGAUCAAGUGUUGGCCUAGUUGGGAAAAGUGGUUGUGGUAAAUCAACUAUCAUAGGCCUGAUCCAGGGGUUCUAUGACGUUGCCAUUGGAGCUGUAUGCAUUGAUGGUAUGGAUGUGAGGGACAUAAAUAUUCCUUGGUAUAGAGGACAGACAGCUCUUGUUAGUCAGGAGCCAGCAAUAUUUUCAUGUAGUGUAAGGAACAACAUUGCUUUUGGUAAACCCGAAGCUGACGAAGAUGAAAUUGUGGAAGCUGCUAAAGCUGCAAAUGCACAUGAGUUUAUCUCAUCUCUGAAGGAUGGAUAUGAUACUGAUUGCGGCGAGCAUGGCAUACAACUCUCAGGAGGACAGAAACAAAGAAUUGCAAUUGCAAGGGCAAUAAUACGGAAUCCAGCAAUACUGCUACUUGAUGAAGCAACUAGCGCUCUUGAUGCACAAUCAGAGAAAAUGGUACAGGAAGCUCUAGAUCGAAUCAUGUCAGGGAGGACAACAAUUGUGGUGGCACAUCGUCUAAAUACAAUCAAGAAUUUAGACUCAAUUGCAGUCCUAGGAGAGGGUAAGGUGGUGGAGCUUGGAACUUACCCACAGCUCAUGAACAUGAAGGGGGCAUUCUAUAACCUUGCAACACUUCAGAGAUGAACCAGCAGACAUUAUGUAAAUGCCACAACCAGUGCUAUGAUAGGUGGCCUGUAUUAGCAUAAAACACAUCUAUUUAGAACAUUUGCAACUACCCAGUGAAUGAAUUGGAACACAUUGAACUAGCAUUGAGAACCAAACAAAGAGAAAGAGGUUGUGAAUA